CAUCCGCCACAAGCAAUGCUUUUCCCCACCAUCCACUCUCUUCCCUUCCCCUCCUGCUUUCUUUGUUUCCCUAUUCCAUAAAAUCACAACACAUGUCUCAUCCGUCUGAUCCCCCGCGACGGCACUCAGUGGGCACAAGCCCUCCGAGGUUCUUUGCCGGCCCCGCGCAUACCCCGCCUCCACCGCCUCCGCCGUUCAGUGGCGGCCGAUACAUGCCCCCGCCGACUUCACCUCAGCAACAGCAACCGAAUAACCCGCCUUUCAAUUUUCCGGCACCCAUGUCGCGCGGCCCACCCCCUCCGCCUCCCUCGUUCACCUCUGGUCGUGACCUGCCGGCGCCCAUGUCGACGCCAUCCAUCCACCGACCUGGAAGUAGCAUGUCCAUUUCGGCAAUGCUAGGUGACGCCCCUGCGCCUGCAAGAGAACCAGCAUCACAGCUAUCCCAUCACUCGCCGCCGUUUUCGACUAAAUCUGCCCCAUCGCCAGAUAUUGGCUCGAUGCCGUCGCGGUCCUCGCGACAUUCAGAUCCAGCCAGCGCCGAAGGUUUAUUGCGACGACCUCGAAGCCCGGAGAAGUUUGGCAGUGCGGGCUCCGAGUUCUCGAGGCCAGCUCGUUCCAGCUCGAUCGGCUACUCGCCUGCUCCAUUUGCUGGCGAACGAAUAUCUCCAAAUCAAGACCAACGUCGCUAUCCGAGUUUCUCUCAGCCUCCCACCUACGGUGGAAGUCUCAAAACUUCGCCUCACAUGCCCGAGCAAUCGAUGUCGGGAAAUGGCCGACCUACAGAGAUGCAUGGGCCCACUUCAGUGAUAAGCCCGCUCGCGACGCCCAUGGCGGGGCCACGCGAGGGCGUGGUGGAAGUUUCACGGGCAAGUGACCCGUCGCCGAGACCAAUGGGCCCUGAGUAUUUCCGUGGCCCGCCUGCUAUGUUUCCGGGAGAACGGGAAAGGGCCGUGGAAGAAGCUCGGGCCAUUGAGCAAAGAGCAGCAGAGGAUCGAGCAGCCUUUGAGGCUCGACAAGAGGCAGAGCGAGGCGCAAUGUGGGGGAUGAGAAUGCCGCCGCGCCAUUCGUUUGACGAGCAACAAAUGACUGGACCCUCAACUCUAAACCGCCCUCCUGGUCCUGGUUUUCAAGCUUAUCCGCCCACGACGCGCUCUCCGUUUGUUGCGCCAUCCCCGCCGCUCCGAAAUCAAGGUUUGCAGCCGCCUGGAAGUUCGCAACCACCGCAUAUGGCCGCGCCCCGUACAGAGUCGUCUGGCGCAUUCGAGCCCGAAAGUAUUGAUCGGGGACGCCCCAUGCCGCAAUCUCUUACUGCGUUUGGUGGCAUCUUUUCACCUCGGCCUCGCAUUGUGGAACAGCAAGCACAGCCACAGGGGCCGCCACCGCCGCCCAAGCCUGUUGAGGAACCGCCACCACCGACGGCUUCGUCGAGAAACUAUCUUGGUGUGAACUCAGACGUAAAGAAGACCGGAAGGGUGUCCCCUGCCCCACAAGCAGUACAAGGAGCCCAGGGCCAAGUGAAUGGACCCGGAGAGCCAGGAAUCAAGAGCGAAUUUGGUCGCAUGUUCUCUGGAAUUGGCAGUGGUGUGGGUAGCGUCAUGACUGCUGGACCUGGUAGCAGCGGCUCGCAGACACCGUUUGGGCAGAGUCCCUCGAAAAAGGAUGAUGCUGCUGCUGUAACUGAGGGGACGCCGAUCCCAGGUGUUAAUGAGCCCGAGCCGCCGCGUCCCGCUAGAAACGGAUCACGGGCAGGCGGGAAGCGUAGUCGAAAGGCGAAAGAGGAAGCGGCAGCAGCAGCAGCAGCUAAUGCAACUGCCGCUACCACGAGCACUGCUUCCGCUGCGGCGGAGCAGGAAAGCAUCGAUGGCAGAGCUACUCCUGGCGCAACUACCGCUCGAGGCACAAAGCGACCGAGACCUCACACGCACCACCAUCACCACCACCAUAAUCACCCGCAUCAUCAUCACCAUCAUCAUCACCGACAUGAAGAUGGCUCAAUUUCGCCAAUAUCUGCGCCUGGUGCCAGCCAAACUUUUGCUGCUACUAACGGAGCCAAGCGCUCUGGAUCUCCUUUGCCAUCGGCUACAGCUGACGCUGCUCCGCUAGCGCAGCAGCAGCAGCACCACCACCAUCAUGCUCCUCCUCCUUCUCACCAUCACCACCAUCAUCACCAUGCAGCGCCUAAAUCCUCUACUGCAGGGCAAACAACGACAGCCCCAGCAGCAGCAGCCACUUCUACCUCGCCUACACGCAAGCCGAAACUCACUGUUCUCAACCAAGCUGUUAUCAACAGCAUCUCCAACCUACCUCGACACCAUCUUGGAUCUACACUCUAUGCUCCACGAGUGACUGUACCGUCAAUAUUAGCGUCCUCCGAGGAAGCGAAAUUUGGCUACGCAUCGACAGGUCGACCUUUGCCGCGAUUCGAAGGAAAGAGCAACUGCACGUUUACCGUUCGAGUUCCGCGGUACUAUCUGAGUCGAGAACACCGGGAAGUUGUCUGUCGCCGACGAGCGGUCUGGGGUACGGGAGUGUAUACGGACGACUCGGACCCUUUGGCCGCAGCGAUCCAUUCUGGUUGGGUACGCGGCGACUGGGGCGACGAUGUCGACGUGUCGAUGCUUGACUCGGGCGCAGAAGUGUCUGAAUCAAAAUCCGGUACUAGCUCAUCUACCGUCGCAACAACAAAUGGCGCGUUCUGGACUAAACCGCCGUCAUCUGGCCCAGCGGCCCCACCGGAAGGUUGCGAUCUCCACAUCACUCUCCUCAUCCUUCCCGCACUGGAAAAGUACGCUUCGUGCGUUGGGAACGGUGUUCGCUCGCGCAGUUGGGACGACAGCCAUGACGGAGCCAGUUUCAAGAUUGAGGGAGUGACGUGGGUGGAUGAAGGCGUCGAGCGUGGCGAGGAGCGAACGGGCGAAGCACGGCGCAAGCGACUGCGCGCGUUGAUGAAUGUCGGCCUGGCUGCCGCUGCGACGGGCACAAGGAUGCGCCUGAAGGGGAAAAGUCCAGAAACUGGACGUAUCGGCGCCGUUGCUGCUUAGGAUAUUUGAUCCACCAGUCUAUGCUAUUUUCACUUCUUCUCAUUUCUUACCUACCCUGUUUUCUCAUCUGCCAUUUCACCCUAUCUGACCUAACACUUGUUUUUCACACUCUAACGCCCCUCAUCGAUGACUGUUGAAUAUUUUACGUCCCUCGGUGUCAUGUCUCAUAACUAACUACCUAGCCAUGUGUUUGUUUUUCAUGUUAAUCAUACCUGGACAAUCUUGAUGUCUGCAAUGUAUGUCUAUCUGUAUGUUUAUGUAUGUGUUGCUUGAUUUAUUUAAUCAGCAAGGCGGUUGAUUUAGCUGGGGUUGUUCUUUUGUAGGCGUGUGCGGCCGUUGUCCUUUCACCUCUUCACCUCUGAUCAAAAUUUGCAUCUAGUCGGAUAUAGUCGAAUGACAAAAGAAUAUUUUAUACUCGUGCCA